AUGUCUACUCAUUAUAUGACAAACAAAAUGUUAUGCACGUGCCAGCCAAUUUGUAACAAUGCACGGAUCCACAAAAAACAUUUUUUAAAGCAAAAUGACACGAUCCUGACAAGGGUGACAUGGCUAGUUAUUCAACAGCUAAUUAACUCUCUUAGAAUGAUUAUGCAGGAAGAUGCAGAAAGUGAUGAAAACAAUGUUACAGAAAAUGAUGCCAAUAGUGAAGAUGGAAAUUAUUUGCUAGGAUUAGGUGCUGAUUCUGAUACUGAAGAUCAUGUGUCAGAGGAAUCUGAUGAAUCGGAAGAUGUCAUUAUAUAUGAUGAAAAGCCGGUAAAUCCACCUUCUACAACAGUGACUAAUAGAGGUAAGGUAGAGCAAAUGGAGAAAGAGGAGAUAGAAGCAGAUUAUGUCGUGGAAGGGACACACACGCCAGCAGAUGUCAAUCCUUCUACGCUCGAGCAUUUCUGCGAUUUCCAUGCUGCGGCCAUUAUAAGCGGUGGGCCUAGCCUUUUGUUCAAAAGCACGCAAGGCAGCGUGGAUGCAGUUUUUUGUCAUGCCCAGGACCAUACACAAUGCAGAUACAAAGGUAUGAACAGAAAGAAUAGAAGACCAAAAACUAGAUGGAAAACUGUUUCGAGCGUAAUUUAA